UAUUCAUGCAUUCAGUAUUUGGUGACUGAAUGCCAAACAAGGCGGUGAAGAUUGAACGUACAAAUCGAGAAUUCCCCACCGACAAGAAACUAAGAACUGCUGCGCGGACGGACUAAAUUACUGAACUUAAAGUCGUCGAAAAUGAGUUCCUUAGUCGAUAAGAAAAAGAAAAAMCCCGAAAUAGACAGUGAUUUGGGCAAUAACAAAGGAAAAUUACGUGAAAAGCUUGUAGUAUUGAAUACUCAAGACAACGGACGGAAAAGAAGUCGAGUUGAUGAAUUGAAUUGCUCGGGGAAAAACAAGGAUCAAAGACUUACAAAUUCUUCUUCUACAAGGAAAAAAAAUUGUGCUGGAGUAGCAAUUCAAAUAGAGCCUACGGCCGUCGCUAGACGAAAUGAAAGAGAGAGAAACCGUGUGCGGCUAGUAAAUGAUGGAUUCUUUUCACUGAGACAACAUAUUCCUUAUUUUCCUGACAAGAAAAAAUUAUCUAAAGUCGAAACAUUACGCUGUGCGGUCUCGUACAUCAAACAUUUACAAAAACUUAUAGAAGAACAUGAUGAAAAAGUUUCUCCUUUUGGGGAACACGAAAAUGGAGAAUCUGAACUCAACAAAUGGGUUGUUACUACGACUCCUUAAUUUAUAUUACCGAGAUGAACAAUCGUUUUUGAAGAUUGGAGUAGAAGUGUUGCCGAUAUCGUUAUAAGAAACUUAUAUAAAAUGAAACAAUAUAGUUGGGUUGAACAGCCGUCCAGCUAGUGCAAUGGAUAUUUAUAAUGUUACAUACAAUUAGAUUUAUAUAUUUCUUUGAAAGUUUAAAGCAAGUUUUAAUCAUUGAUUCGUAGAAACUGUCAAAUCAUGCACUUGAAUAUGGCCACUAAGGCUUAAAAGAGGCUAAAAGCCGAAAACUUUGUCCCUAACAAUGAGAUAGAAGUGUAGCAUCUUUCUAGUAGCGUAAACCCUCAGUAAUGAUGUAUUAAUAAGUCCAUUAGAGAGAAAAAGAAUUAAAACUGACCAACACGAUGCAA